CUGGACAAGGGGCGGGCGUUGGGUUGGUCAAGGGCGAUUCGACGAGGUUGAGACAGGUGUUUAUCAAUCUGUUGAGUAACGCGAUCAAGUUUACGCCGAGGGGGAAGAGGAUCGUGGCGAGGUAUGCCGUGGAUGAGGAAGCGAGUCGGAGUGCGAAUCUCGAGGCGAAGAUGGGUGGGGUGGGGAUCAUGGAUGGGCAACACCAGCAUGUUCAUCCGAAUGAGGAGGCGAAGGCGAACUGUAAAGGGAAUGAGGGGGUGGAGAUUUUGGUGUUGAGGGCGAGCGUGGAGGAUACGGGAUUGGGUAUGACGGAUGAUGAGCAAAAGUGGUUGUUUAAGCGUUUUUCGCAAACGAGUAAGAAGAUCUCGGCGACGUAUGGUGGAAGUGGACUCGGUCUCAACAUCUGCUACGAACUCGUCAAACUCCUCGGCGGGGAGAUCACCGUUCGCUCUUCCAAAGAUGUCGGUACCUCGUUCGAGUUUACGGUGAGGCUUACGCGGCCGAGUGCGUGUGAGGUUCAGGAUUAUGGAAGAUUGCAUGUUCCGAUGGCGACGUUGCAUGAGAAGAGUUUGGGGAGGUUUGGGCGUGUGUUGAUUGCGGAGGAUAACGCCAUUAAUCAGAAGAUUAUGGCAAAGUAUAUGACGCAGCUCGAACUUGAGUACACGAUCGUCGAUAAUGGGCUGAAGGCUGUGGAGGCGUACACUACCCUCGACGCCAACGUCAAGCCGUUUGAUUUCGUGAUCAUGGAUAUGGAAAUGCCGGUUCUGGAUGGACGGCAGGCGACUGUGGCGAUUAGGGAAUGGGAGAAGAAGAACGCACGGAAACGCGUUCCGAUUGUUGCGUUGAGUGGGAAUGCGAGGAAGGAACAGGUUGAGCAUGCGUUUGGGUGUGGGGUGGAUGAUUACCUCACGAAACCGUGCAAACUCGAUGGAUUGCGGAGUAUGGUACAAAAGUGGCAAGGUGUUGAGGGUGCUGUGAACCAGUCAUCGUGAAUCGCGCUUUCGAUGGUCCUUGAAAUCCCCAUAACAGCUUGCAAUAACGAACGAAAGGACGAAAAAGGACAUUUUAUGCAUUUAUUUGUUUGGGAUGGGAGGAAUGGCGUUAUU